GUGCUGCUAAAAGAAUGCAAAGGCGCUUCCUUUCGUCAAUCUCCGGCACCGCCGGAAAUAGUAAAACCCUAAAUCAAGGAAGAUGGAGUGUGAAGCAAGUGAAAAAAUCUAACUUUCAUGUAACCCUCGAUGAGAUUCGUACUUCCAUUGAGUCAUCAGACUUCAUAGCUCUCUCACUACAAAACACCGGCUCAUACGCCGCCGCGUGGCACCGUGUCUCCGCCAUUGAUACGCCGCAAACUAGCUACUUGAAAGCUAAAUACGCCGCCGAACGUUACCAGAUUUUUCAGUUCGCUCUCUGCCCUUUCUCUCUUCAAGGCUCCAAACUCACUGUUCAUCCAUAUAACUUUCAUUUGUUUCCUCGGGAUGAAUUGAAGUGUGGGAUGCCUUCUUAUAGCUUCUCUUGUCAAGCUUCACGUUUAACAUCAAUGGCUAGAGAAGGGUUUGAUUUCAACACCUGCAUCUAUGAAGGAAUCUCAUACUUGUCUAGAGCACAAGAGUCUGCGUCGAAGUAUCUCUCGGGGAAUCCGAUAUUAGCUAAUCCUAUCACUGUAUCUUCUUCUCCAGCUAGUGUAGCUGAUACUGUCUUUGUUGGAAGGAUUAGAUCACGUGUCAAGAAUUGGAGACAAUCUUGUAUAGACUCGGGCUCAAAGACUGGAGAUGAUGAUUUAGUGAGCUCUCUGAGAAGACUGGUACUAGGGAGUGAGCAGUAUGGUUCAAGGCUGUGUUUGACUAUUGAUGUUUGCAGUGAGCGUCAAGUGCAACUCAUUCUAGAGAUGUUGACUGAGUUCUCUGAAGAUGUUGUCCCUCUACUCGUUGCUUCGAAGAGCAGAGGAACACAAGCAGUUCGUACUGUCUUUAUGAGUUCGAAGGAAGACAAGGAUCUUUUUAAGAGGGAGAUUCAAGAUCUUGAAAACAAAGAAAACAGGCGAGUUCGUGGCUUCCGGGAAGUGAUCGAUUUGAUUUCUUCUUCACAAAAACCUGUCAUUUCACAGAAUUAUCUUAGUGAUCUUACUUCCAUUCAUGCCAAAUUCCUGGGUCCUCUACCUGCAAAUGUGGAUGACUUCAGCAGUUCACUGAGCUCCGCAUUUCCCAAUGUUGUGGAUCUCAGUCAGUUCAUGAAAGAAAUUAGUCCUUUAAGUAAUAUAAGUAAUCUACCUGCAGCUAUGUCCUCUUUGAAUCGGUUCUUUGCACCUGUGGAUGUGGAAGUCGCAAAUCAAGGCUGUCCGGUCAAAUUAAGCGAGAACUACCAGAGUCACGGGCAGAAUGCUGUGAUGAUAUCUCAGCUUUUUGCAAAACUGUCUGCCAUACAGAAAUCAGAUCUAUCAACUGUCCAAUCAAAUGAAGAUUCCCAAGAUUUGGCUUCUGAUGAACACACAAGCUUUGUCAUCUCUAAAAACACAGGCAAUGAGAAUGUUAAAGUCUGGUCAAAGAAUAGCCGGAGAGUAAGCUCUGAGAACUUGGUGUUCAUAUGGGGAUUUGCGAAAAAAUUGACAGCUGCAAAGCUGAAGAACUUUCUACAAAAGUCACACCCCGUCUUUACGCAAGAGUUUGAUGUUAAGUACUUAGACAGGAGCUGUGCAAUUGUGGUAUUUUGGGAGUCAGGUCCUUCAGAAACUUUCCUCAGUGCUGUUAACAAUGAAGAGCAACUUAGUGGUUCUUUAAGAGAGAUGGUUGCUGAAGGGUUAAGAGCAGCAGGCUACGAGACUUACAAGAGAGCUUGUAGAUUAGGCUUUUGGGAGGCUGACUUAGCGGAAUCUUUAGACAAAACAUUGGACUCUUCAGAUACAGAACAUGAUUCUGACACCAAACCAUCAGAGAUUAAUUGGUCAAACGAUUUAGCUAUCAAUUUUGAUGAGCUAUGAAUAGUUUCUUCUAGUCAUCAAAAAACCAAUGUAUACCCAAAUUGAGAACACUAAUGCAUUUUUGUUCUUCCAUGAGUUA